AUGGAUUUUCAUCGCAUUUGGGCGGAGUGCCCUGCUGACACGUCUUUGAAACUACCGUGGGAACAUGGAUUCUGGAAGACUUUUUUCGAGGGUCCUACUGAUCCUAAUGGUAUUCAAGACUGGACAGUUGCAGAUCCUCCACUUUUUGUGCCGUGUGCUCCCCGUGCUGAAACGGCGCCUGCCAAGAAGCUUCGAGUGUCAGAGCCCUUGUCGUGGCAUCACAUUGUGCGUUCAGGUGCUGAACAGACUUGGAAAGACAAACGUGAAGCUGACUUUCAAGUGGCGUUGCGUCGCUGGCAUGAUGUUUUGAUUCUUUUGCCUUGUCACAUUGUUGUUGUUCAACAACUUUUGCAUUUGAAGACCACUGCAGAGAGAUUGCGCAUGCUCAGAGAUGUUUUUUGGAAGAAGGCGCCCAGCACUCUUCGAAAACGUGUGCAUUCAUUCUUGAGGUUUACAUCAGACUUGGAAACACGUCGCAUUGCAUUUCCUGGUACUGAAACAGAUUUCUAUGCUUUUUUGGAUGGACUCAGAGUGGCCGGUGUCGUGGAUGACGACUGGAUCAACACAUGGGCGCAAGUCCGCUCUGAGCUUGGGAUUUCAUUUGAGGCUGGCCAUCCGACUAUGCCAGCACCUUUGGAGGACGGUGGAAUCAGCAUGAGACCCCUCAGCAGUGAAGAGAUGAAACAUUGGACUUCCAUCCUUCUGCGAUCAGUUCAGGUUGAGACUGAGGGACGUAGGCUGACGUCACACAGUUGCAAGUGUACGUUGCUGUCAUGGUGCUCGAAAAGAGGAUUGCCCUGGGAGGAUCGGCUUGUGCUUGGAGAACACACUUCAGCAGUGCGAUCUGCUCUGGUGUAUGCGCGUGAUGGCUUGGGCCGUCCGUUGCGCAUGCUUGAGAAACUGCUGAUGGAGGUGCGGAUGGGCAGGUUUUUGCCCGAUGCUACAAGGAGUGGUAGAUUUCCAGGGCCCAUUGCAACGGAAGUGCAGUGUGAUGAUGGGGACCAAAGUGAGUUCUCAUACGUCCCAAGUUUUGGAGAUGGUGAAGUUGAUGACGUUACAGACAGCCACAAAUCCCAUGUUGACCUUGUGAAACAUGCAGAGCUACUAGACACAGGUGCAGCGCGAUCCGUUGCAGGUGUGGCAUGCAAAGUGGAAUCUGCCGAGUCAGUAUGGGACUUGGUGGGCAGCAAUGAGGUGAUCGACUUGGACACUUGCUCAGAUGAAAGUGGAUGCUCAGUCGCGACGACUUCGUCCAGCUCAGAUGAGGGAGCUGCUGAACUUAGCAGCGCCAGGAGACCAGUGCAUCCUCCUACAGUGCCAGGUCAGUUGAAAUUGAUCCAACAUAAAAAGCUCAAGACGUUGCACCUGAUGGAACAGCAGAAUCAGAGGGUGAUGCUUUGUGGAAGAAUGGCUGAGACCAGCCGCUAUGAGAACGUUCAAGAAACAAGGUUCGACACUCCGUGUUGCCACACGUGUCGGCGGAAGAUUCCGGAGUAUGCUUGA